UAUCUUCUUCCCCAGUGCAGAGGGAGCCAUGGCUGCAGCAAGCCCUGUGAAAGAUCUCUGGGAGGAAGCAACGUGUCCCCUCUGUCUGGAGUAUUUCACAGCUCCUGUGACUCUGGCAUGUGGGCAUGAUUUCUGCUGGGCUUGCCUCAGCCGGUGCUGGAAGGGACCCGGCCCAGCCACCUCCUGCCUGCAGUGCAGCGAAACUGUGCAGCAGAGACACCUCCAGCCCAACAGGCAGCUGGCAGAAGUGGUGGAAAUAGCCCAGCAGCUGAGUUUGGAAGCAGAGCAGAAAAUAGGAGGGAAUGUGGUGUGUGGGGAGCACCAGGAGGCACUGAAGCUGUUCUGUGAGGAGGAUCAAACUCCCAUUUGUGUGAUCUGCAGAGAGUCUCGGGCUCAUCGCACUCACAUUGUGCUCCCCAUAGAGGAGGCUGCCCAGGAGUAUAAGGGAAAAAUCCAGGCCCAUUUGAAGACCCUGAGAGAAGAGAGAGAAAAGCUGCUGGGAUGGAAAGCGACAGGAGAGGGGAGAAGCCAGGAGUAUCUGAAACAGACACAAGCCAAGAGGCAGAAGAUUGUGGCUCAGUUUCAGCAGCUGCGGCAGUUCCUGGAGGAACAAGAGCGACUCCUGCUGGCCCAGCUGGAAAAGCUGGACAACGAGAUCGUAAAUCUCCAGACUGAGGCUGUCAGGAAACUCUCCACGCAGAUUUCCUGUCUCAGCGAGUGGAUUGAUGAGCUGGAGGGGAAGUGUCAGAAGCCAGCGAGUGAAUUCCUGCAGGAUGUGAAAAGCACAUUGCGCAGGUAAGUGUCUCUUUCUCACUCUCCCUCACGCUUUCCAGCACUGGGGAAGAGAUUAAUGGUGAUGUUUGCACCACAUCUCCCCAGGGCCCCUACAGCCAGAUGUAAGGGGAAGGUCACAGACUGGGGACAAAUCUCCCUGAACCAC